ACACAGUUUUGUUUAGACGGUGAGCGGGAAAAGUUCUAAACAUCGCGAAAAUGCUAAAAGUGCGCAGUGCUCUAUCAUUAAUUCAGUCGCAAAAAGCGACGCUCUCGCUAGCCACUCAAAAGCGCUGGCAAACCAAUGUGGCGACUGCAGAAGCUAGAGAGGAUUCGGAAUGGCUACAGGCAAAGCCAUUCGAGCAGAUCCCUCGAGCCAAUAUGUGGGCAUUGUCGAUGAAAAUGUCGAUGCCCGGUGGCAAAUACAAGAACAUGGAACUGAUGGAGAUGUUUGAGGCCAUGAGACAGGACUACGGCGACAUAUUCUUUAUUCCAGGUAUUAUGGGUAAACCCCCAUUUCUAAGCACCCACAAUCCCCAGGACUUCGAGGUGGUAUUUCGCAACGAGGGAGUGUGGCCCAAUCGUCCAGGCAACUAUACUUUGCUCUACCACCGCGAAGAGUACAGGAAGGACUUCUACAACGGCGUCAUGGGCAUUAUUCCCACGCAGGGAAAAACCUGGGGCGACUUCAGAACCGUCGUAAAUCCAGUCCUUAUGCAGCCAAAAAAUGUGAGAUUGUACUACAAGAAGAUGUCGCAGGUCAACCAGGAGUUUGUUCGGCGUAUAAUCGAACUGAGGGAUCCUGUUACUCUAGAGGCUCCCGACGACUUCAUAGACACCAUCAACCGCUGGACCUUAGAAUCCGUAUCCGUGGUGGCCCUGGAUAAGCAACUGGGGUUGCUCAAGGACUCAAAUAAGGAAAGCGAGGCCCUCAAGCUCUUCCACUACCUGGAUGAGUUCUUUAUAGUAUCCGCCGAUCUUGAAAUUAAGCCGUCGCCCUGGCGCUAUUUUAAGACUCCCAAGUUGAAGCGAUUGAUGGCAACUUUGGAUGGUAUUCAGGAAGUAACUUUGGCCUAUGUGGAUGAGGCUAUAGAACGGCUAGAUAAGGAGGCCAAGGAGGGUGUAGUACGUCCGGAGAAUGAACAAAGUGUGCUCGAGAAACUGCUGAAAGUUGACAGAAAAGUGGCCACUGUUAUGGCGAUGGACAUGCUAAUGGCAGGAGUUGAUACGACUUCGAGCACCUUUACAGCGCUGAUGCUGUGCCUCGCCAAGAAUCCCGAGAAGCAGGCCAAGCUCAGGGAGGAGGUGAUGAAGGUGCUGCCCAACAAGGAUUCCGAGUUCACUGAAGAUUCGAUGAAGAACGUUCCCUAUCUGCGUGCCUGCAUAAAGGAAUCCCAGCGAGUACAUCCCCUGAUCGUAGGAAACGCUCGCGUUCUUUCUAGGGACGCUGUUCUCAGUGGAUACCAGGUGCCAGCUGGAACUUACGUGUCCAUUGUUCCUCUGAAUGCAAUGACCAGGGAUGAGUACUUUCCACAAGCAUCCGAGUUCCUGCCGGAACGCUGGCUCCGAAGUCCCAAGGACUCGGAAUCAAAGUGCCCGGCAAACGACCUGAAGAGCAAGAAUCCAUUCGUAUUUCUGCCCUUCGGAUUUGGACCUCGGAUGUGCGUCGGUAAACGUAUCGUGGAAAUGGAACUGGAACUGGGUACCGCUCGUCUGAUUCGCAACUUUAACGUGGAGUUCAAUUAUCCCACGGAAAAUGCGUUCCGAUCUGCUUUGAUUAAUUUGCCAAACAUUCCGCUCAAGUUUAAGUUCUCCGAUAUACCAAACUAAGCUAUAUAAAAGCGAUUUGUUGAUGGCCAAGCCAUAAAUGUUGUGAUACCCUUGAGCCAGUCCAUAAUAGUUUUAAGGCAACAAGGCAUCUUAUGAUAACCGAACCGAAAGCCCAAAGUCACUUUAAGUGUCUUAAAUUAUAAAGUUAAUGCAAGUGUAUGUAAAUAAAUAUUGUGGUUCAGAA